UUUCAGGCCCACGUCUCAAUAGUAACAAGAAAAAACCGCUGAACUGGCCUGCACAAGGCUCUUCGGUGCAGAUUAAGCCUCUGAAAUCCACAGACGCUUCUUGUUUUGCCAUCCAAUCGACCACAAUGGCCGAGCGAUGGGCAGCGCUGCUCGUCGUCGCCGUCGUCCACCUGUGCGCUCACGUCCUCCGCGUCCAUGGCGAACUCGGCAUCGGAGGAGAGAUCCAAAUAGGGUUUCCAGGCAUUGGAGGAGGCUUCUUCGGGGGCAGCGGCGGGCAGGGAGACGACGUUCAACCGCCGCCGCCCGUGGACGACGGCCGCCGAGCGAGGAUGCCGUCGGCGAGGGAGUUCCUCCUGCACCACAACGUCGUCCGGGCGCACCUCGGCGAGCAGCCGCUCCGCUGGAGCCACGACCUUGCGCGCUACGCCCGGCGGGUGGCCAACCACCGCCGCGGCGACUGCGCGCUGCAGCACUCGCUUGGGCCCUACGGCGAGAACCUGUUCACCGGGAGCGGGAACGACUGGCGGCCGGUGGACGCCGUCAACAUGUGGCUGUCGGAGUACCAGUUCUACGAUCCGACGACCAACACUUGCUGGCCGGACAAGAUGUGCGGCCACUACACGCAGAUGGUGUGGAGGGACACCGAGCGGCUCGGGUGCGCGCGCGCGGAAUGCGACGGCGGCGGAGUCUUCAUCAUCUGCAGCUACGAUCCUCCAGGCAACUGGCUGGGGGAAGGCCCCUUUGAAUGAGCUAUCCAUACCCUCACAUCUACCUUUAUGUGUGUUGUGUGCAUGCGCACCCACCCACCCACUGCUUUUAAGGAGAUUGAGUUGCUUAUGGGCACGCAACUAAGAGUAGGGGGACAUUUUAGUAAUUUAAAAAAUGUGUCUUUUAUAAUUUUUGUUUUUUCCAAAGUUUUUUUUUUGGGUGUGAAGGACAGUAUUUUUGUCAUAAUCAUUGAAGCAUGAAAAUUUAGUUCACCAAUAUAACCAGGUUUGGCCUUUAAACCCUAAUUAAAUAGAUAAAACAUUACUUUUUCACUUGCAAACCUGCUUAUAUGUUCGGCCCAAACACAUGUCUUAUGCCGGGAGCUUACUGCAAAAGAAGAUUUAAGGGUCUUCGAAUAUGUUCGAGGCCAAACAUAUAGCUGGUCUCAAAUAUUCAUGUUGUGAACGAGGCUUUGAACUUUUGCAUCUUUUGGGUGUGGAUUUUCUUUUUGUCUCUCUUUUGUUUUGUAACUGUUUGGCAAUGAAGACAGGCAUUUUACAUGCUGAUGUAAA